AUGAAUCGAUCAGGCUCUCUCGCCUUUCAUCCGCCUCCAUGUGAUUCUGAGCGCGAGAGAAUCCAGGAAUUAUCGAGAUACUAUUGCACCGUAGACCGACCCGUCGCAAACGUAACAGACACCUCGGAGGACCAGGAAGCCCCCACAGGAGAUGAGCAGCCGACUGCUUCUGAAUUGUCCUCAGAUAUCACCCUCAACGCCCUAGCCCAACUAGGAGUGUACCGCUUAGGAUGCAAUCGUUCGUUCGUCUCGAUAAUCGACCGUGACAGCCAAUUCAUCAUCGCCGAAGCGACCAAAUCCGUCUCCCUUCGUAUCACCGAUCAGCAUCUACCGGAUGAUGGUAUUUAUCUUGGAGCUCGGAGGUUAGAUUUGGAAUGGGGAGUGUGCCCUCAUACGAUUCGUCUAUUUACCAGUCAAGAUCUCUCGUACGCAAUCGAUACUCCCAACAUAACUGCCAAUCAAACUCGCUACAUUAUCCGAGACUUCAGAAAGGAGGACUGUUUCAAGGAUCGUCCGUAUGUGCGAGAAUGGCCGCACAUGCGAUUUUAUGCCGAAGUCCCUCUGUUCAGUCCCUCGGGUUAUGUGCUUGGGUCUUACUGCGUCGUUGAUGAUAGCCCGCGCGAAGAAUUCGGAGAUGCGGAGGUAGCUUUGCUACAGGAAGUCUCGGAUGCGAUUGCCCUUCAUCUUGAGAACACUCGCUCCGUGCGUUAUCAUCGUCGCGCCGAAGACCUAGUCAAAGGAUUAACCAGCUUUGUCAAAGACUACGCAGAGUUUGACCCCCGCCAGGUUUCGACUGAUCACCGUCUCCAGUCAAGUACUCAAAAGCUCAACUCCGAUUCCGAUCUAGCGGAUGGCUUGGCUGAACAGCAACCGAUGACCGUGUCAUUGCCUGACAGAAGCAAGAAUGCUGAUGGUUCGAUCUUGCAAUCAUCCUUGACAUCUCCUUCAGAGGAAAAUCCUUCGAUCUUUUCCCCCGAGUCGGCUUCAGGAAUCACGGAGCGUACCUCUAUAGUGUCCCAGUCAUCAGAUCGUCAAUCUCCAAGCACGGACGAGGAAAAAUCCCUCAAUGAAGCUUUCAAUCCUAAGGCGGUCUCUAAUGCAACUCCCCAAGAUACAAUGUUUUCGGUUACUGAACAAGUCCCAAUGUCCGAUCGGAUAGCCACAAUAUUUGCCCGUGCGAGUGGACUUUUGACGAGAUCCAUGAACUUGGAUGGCGUAGCUUUUCUCGAUGCGGCCCGCUGCAAUCCAUCAUUCCUCCCUCCUGAGGAGCAAGGUAGCUGGGAGCCACUUCCAAAGCGUGCUGGCUCGAUAUCAACAGCGCGCCCAGAUACAUUACAUCCAUUGAAAACUCCCACGCAUGAGGCCGAUGCCAUGUGUGAAGUUCUUGGUUCUUCCUUGAAGACCCGAGCUGGAGAACUCCCUGAUGGUCCCAUUACCGUGCCAGAGAACCUGCUUCAUGUCCUGGUUACACAGUUCCCUCACGGGCAAAUAUUUGAGAUCCCGACUUUAGAGGAAAGUGUAGAUGAUCAGCCCCAAAUUCCCGCUGACACUUUGUCACCACCCCACAACUACGAAAUGGUUUUGCAGCAUCUGGCACGGAUUCUUCCAGGUGCCACAUCGGUUCUAUUCUGCCCACUAUGGGAUUAUCACAAAUCUCGAUGGAUGGCGGGAACUCUGGUAUGGACUCGAGACAAUCACCGACCUCUUGAGCCGGAUGAGUUGAAUUAUUUCAAGGUCUUUGGGGACUCUAUUGUCUCGGAGAUUGCUCGUAUCAGUUGGAGUACCACCGAGAAAUCCAAAUUCGAUUUUAUUUCUUCCGUCAGCCAUGAGCUCCGUUCGCCUUUACAUGGAAUAUUGGCAAGUGCUGAGUUGCUAAACACCACCUCGCUGGGACCGGUCCAAGGAGAAAUGAUCAAAAUGAUUGAAUUAUCAGGCCACACUCUACUAGACACGACUGAUCAAUUGCUGGCAUUUUGCAACAUAAAUAACUCCGCACUUAGGAAUAAGCGCCGAAAGGAGCUGCAGAUUCCACUCGAGGUUUCUGGUAAGGUCUCCGAUUUUGAUCUCGGAGAGGUGAUCGAGGAGGUUACCGAUAUUAUAUAUUCUGGUCGAAGAGCAUCUGAAUCCGCACCAGCCACUGCGAACAAUCUCCAGUCCAAAAAGGCCACUGAGAGCAAUGAUAACGACACAAUGUCGGUCAUUGUGCGGAUUGAGCAGUCCUUUUCUUGGAACAUUCGAUCUCAAGCCGGUGCGUGGCGGAGAAUAGUGAUGAAUCUCCUCGGCAAUUCAAUCAAGUGGACUGAGACUGGGUUUGUCGAGGUAUCCCUCUCUCAAUCCAAAAGCCAGCCAGAUUCACAAUCCAUUCUUACUCAUCUUUCGGUUACCGACACGGGUAGCGGAAUUUGUUCGGAAUUUUUGCAGCAUAAACUGUAUUCGACUUUCACCCAAGAAGAUCCCCUGACUGAGGGGGUUGGGCUGGGGCUCAGCAUCGUCCGCCUUCUUGUAACUUCCCUUGGCGGCCACAUCACCGUGAAGAGCGAGUUAGGCACGGGCACACAAGUUGACGUGUACAUUCCGGUCCAAAUCGUCAAAGAAUCUAGCAGUUCUGAUGGAUCUCGUUUGGUCACCAGACAACCACCUAUGCCGCACCUUCGUGUUUGUUUGGUUGAUUUUAACGCAUAUCCCGAUUUGACAGAGACGCCGACUGGAUUUCUGACUGCCGAAGCAAAGCGAAAACUUUCAAUUCAAAGUAAUUUGGCCGACGUUUUCAUGUCUCGAUUUGGUUGGAGUGUCUCCUUAGUGGAAACUCUUGACAAAGUGCAGGGUGACAUUGCUGUUAUCGAGGAAGCCACAUUGGAAGCUGCAACAAAUGACUCCCAAUCUUUGGAGAAAGUAGCCUCAGACUAUGGGAUCAAAUUCUUUAUCAUCCUCGGAAAGAAAAAUUCUGUUUGGCACAACACUGCAGGGUCCAAUUUCGUCCGGGUGUCUCAACCUUUUGGGCCACGGAAGAUUUACCAUGCAGUCCAAGGAAUUUUGGAAUCUCAUAAAUCACAACUCCAGCUGCCAGAUCAAUCGACACUGCCUUCGGAGAGCUUGAAUUCAGAGCAGCCAGUGCCUGCCUCAUUGCCUGCGUCUGAGAGCCCGACAGAAGAGGGAGAAACAACACCCAAGGCAGCUGUUGAAGAAGCCACCCCUUCUUUCCCUGCUGUCGAUCCCACUCCAUCAGACGAGCCAAAGACAAUGCAUGUUCUUAUUGUCGAUGAUAAUGAGAUCAAUGUCAAGAUCUUAGUAACUUUUUUGCGCAAGAUGGGCUGCAGUUACGAAACAGCUUCCAACGGACUCAUAGCACUAGAGAAGUAUAUGGCAUCCAAAAAGUAUUUCGAUUUUGUUUUGAUGGACAUUUCAAUGCCCGUUAUGGAUGGUCUUGUUUCAACUAAAAAGAUCCGCCAACAUGAACAGGAGACAAGCAUCGAUUCUUCUUGCAUCUUGGCUGUCACUGGCGUCGCCUCCGAUGACAUGCAUAAGCAAGCUAUAAAAGCCGGGAUCAAUGACUAUCUCGUCAAACCACUAUCGCUUCAAAAACUUAAGAAAGUUAUGGGCAUUGAAUGA